GAAUCCACCCACGGAUCCCAGCCGUGACCUUGCGUAUGAAAAGUCGAUGGACCCGACAAAAGCGGCAUUAGACUUGCUGGUUAUGUACGAAGUUUCCGAUUUAGCGUCUCCUCCCGCUGAUCAGACUCUCUUUUAGAUUCUUGUAAAUCAUGUGACCGGGAUGUCACAAGCGGCCUUGCCAAUAAUUAUAUGGGUUGUCUGCGAUGGUGGAUAUGAAGUCUUUUGAAGAUGAAGAGGCUCUGGUUUUGCCGAGCGAUAAUCGGACGACAGUCCAGUCGGCUAAAGACAAUAGUAAAGUGCGAAAAUCACUUCGUCGGAUCGAUGAAUGAAAGCUGUGUGGGCCGAGUUCCUGAUAAUUCGAGACAGGGAAGGGAAGGGAAGUGAAAGAGAGAGAGACUGCCAGUACUGGUUUAUUCCGGCCCUAGCACCCGCUGACUUGCUGUACGAGAAUGCGAAACUCUUUUGGUGAUGGUUGACUCUCUUGGUUAUGGUUCCUCCGCCAACGUUCCUACUGGAUCGCCUGCUGGGAGGACUACCUGUCUUGACUGCCUAUUGGUAGAAGAGGAGAGGACCUUCUUCAACUGCUCACUAUCAUGCGCAGGCACAAACUUACUGGGGUCGCGAAAACUGUCGAGCAUCGUGGCUAGCCAUCGUGUCCUGAUUGCGGUGCAGUUUGUAGUGUACAUGUAUGGUGGCCUGAUUGCCGUGGUGAACUGGAAGAAACUGAAAGCCUCUUUGCCCUGGCGCGCCGUGCUCUACACUAACACGACCUCACUCGUGCUGCUCCUGCUUUCGUUGGCUAGCGCCUUCACUCCUCACACUAGUUGCUUGUGCGGCUACGAUGGCAAUGUGCUCCUGCAGGACAUGCCGAUUAACGAUGCGCCGGUGCUGUGUGCUGCGUCAGCUAUCGUCGGGGACAUUGCGUACUUAAUGUAUCCUUUCCUGAUCAUGUGGCAGUCAUUCGCCUGGUAUAUGUACGCCAAGAUGAUAGCAACGAUAAAGAGUACACACAACGAGUGGAUACACUGGAUGCAGGCGUGUGAAAUGGUCGUGUUCCUGUUCGCAAUCGUCGCCACGUUUACAUUUAUCGUGUACUGCACCGUGCGGCAAUCUCAUCGUUAUGUUCGCCAGCAAGCGUACGGCCUGCCGUGCACGAUGACGAAUGGCGAGCGUGUCCUUAUUCCCUCGCUUGUUCCAGUGCUCAUGGGUGUCAUCAGCGUUGCCUUUCUCCUGCUCUCCAUGCAUCACCUUGCGGACACGGCCGUCUCCAAGCUGACGAUUGGUCACGUUGCCGUAGUGGGCUUGCAGUGGGUGCCGCCUGGCCGUGCCAAGCAGCCGCGCGGACACGGGCGUAAUGCCAAUUUUGCCAUGAUGACAUGGCAGUUCGGCGUCUGGUGCAGUCUCGUCCUCGUUCUGCUCAGCUGCAUUAUGCAGUUAGUGCACACGUACUCGUCGCAGUGCAUACGCAACGCCAUCAAUUGUCCACUGGUCAAGAAUCUAAUGGAGGAGCUCGCCCAGUUCACCUGCUGCACGGACUCGUCUCAAUGCUCCCCUCAGUUUAGUUCCGCCGAUGCAAUUCACAGUCAAUUGGCGAUUGGAUCCAUUACAGAGUCUAUAUGCAGUCUACUGGCAAGUGGUCUCCUGUACUGGGCCUUCUCCGGUGAUGUUGUACGACCUCUUCGGCAUUUCUUGUUCAAUUCAUGCCCGGGUUUAACGACGCUCAGCAGACAGGGCAGUACAUUGGCGGUGCUGCAGGACGCGCGGUUAACAGACGCUGCUGGCUGCGAGACGUUCGUUACUAAUCCCUGUCCCGGACCCGCCAUAUUGAAUCAGCCUUCAUCGGAGCCAUCUGGUGUGCCAGCUAAUUCAUCUCCAUUUGGCGGCAGUUUAGCACGUCGAUCGCAAAAUCCGGAAAUUGCAAUCCCGCUGAGAAAUCUUGCGGUGGUCCAAAGGCCUCGUGCCUUAGAAGCACCUGUGGAGGCCGAGGUGGCAUUGCAGGCUGCGUCACAGUCACUUGGAAGCUACUGCGAAGUACCACCACCGCGAUGUCCUGAUAGUGGUUCUAUCUCAGAUGCACCAUGUGUCAGCGUCGUUACUGUUGUUAUAGACCAUGCUGACAAUUCCAAUGAAAAGUCGACUGCUGCGUGAUGGUGAUGGUCAAUAAAACUGGAUCCCUGCUUACUCCGAAAUGGAGUAAUUUAUUGUUGUGGUUGUUCAGCUCUUUCUAUUGCUAUCCAGCCGUUGCAAACUUGUACAUUGUACACGUUUCAUUGUACCGGAAAUCUCUCCAUUACUCAUCGGAAAUUGUAGUUUCCUCGGUGCUGCUGGUUAAGGACCAAGGUAUAUUUCAUUCCAUUAUCGCCUUCUGUUUUGAUGACUUUAACGCCGAAGCAUCUUCGCAUAAUUUUAACCAAUGGCGACAUGAUCUCAUAUAUUUUUACUGAGUAUCUCCAACCGUUAUCGGCGCACUCGGCACUGAAUUCUCUCGCAAAGUUUUCUUGCAGUUGCGAUUAUCACCAUAACUCUCAUCAUCACUUCUUGAAUACAAAACAGACGUGCAUGCAGCUAACACAUACCUUCUCAGCAUGGCAAAAUACUCACAUUUUCACAUCAUCACUAUUAUUCUUAUUAUUGUUAUUAUUAUUAUUGUCACUAUCUGCACCGUGCUUUACCGCUUGCACGUACAAUCCUUUCUUGAAACAAAAUGUAUUUGUAAGCGCAUUGUAUCCUGGCACUGCCGCAGUAUCAUGCAACGGCACUUCUAUUCAUCCUACCAUCAUUUCCUAUCAACUUUUCGUCUACCUGGACUGACCAGAGCAAGCUUUUCCCCAUAGACCUUGUUAUUCAUGGAGCUCCCCAGCGGCAAGGUGAAAGCUCGGGCGAGACAUGGCCAACUGGCCGCUGGAUGACAAUGUGCGAAACCAAAAGCAUUGUGAUACUGGUAGUCUACUAGCACAUCAUGGUACAUAUUAUUAUAACCCAAUACUAGUUCAAAAUUAGUAUUAGAUAAACCUCUUCUUUCCUUCAUUCUUUCUUCUUUUUUUUCUUCUCUUGCCAUGGCUGGCUAACGCCCCCUCCUUUACAUUGGCUUCUGCCAUUGGACGGUGAAAUAAUAAUAAUAAUAAACCGCGGAAGAUUGUAGUAAGGACUUUGGUCACUGUUUCCGAACACAGUGUCCUCCACCUUGUUUCAUGCUGUCAAUCUAACCAACA